AUGGGAGUGAGGAACCAGACGCCAGUGGUGGAGUUCAUCUUACUGGGUUUCUCCGGCAUUCCAAACAGCCACAUCUACCUCUUCCCGCCAUUCCUAGCUAUAUACUUGGUCACCGUGCUGGGGAACCUCAUGAUAUUUAUUCUGAUUCAAAUGGAUUCCAGCCUUCAUACACCCAUGUAUUAUUUCCUCAGCCAUCUCUGCUUUCUAGAUAUCUGCCUCUCCUCCGUCACGGUCCCCAAGAUCCUGGUGAACUUCUUGCGCCAGCAACAAACCAUCUCCUACCACGAGUGCAUGGCCCAGUUGUUCUUCCUGAUCUCUUUCACAGGGGUAGAAUGUGUCCUGCUGACUGUCAUGGCCUAUGACCGCUACGCUGCCAUCUGUAAACCUUUGCAUUACUCUCACCUCAUGAGCCCCAAGGUGUGCACCAUCCUAGCCUUUGCCACCUGGGUCUGGGGCUUCCUACAUGCUCUUAUCCAUUCAGCUCUCAGCUCCAAGUUAUAUUUCUGUGGAGCAGCUAACCAGAUCCAUCACAUCUACUGUGAUCUGCCCCCACUGUUUAAAAUUGCUUGCAGCGAUCCACACAUCAAUGAGCUUGUCAUCCGCAUCACAAGCUUUUUUGUGGGUGGGGGUCCCUUCUUCUUCAUCUUUCUCUCCUAUGUCUUCAUCCUGUCCUCCAUCUUGAGGAAACGUUCCGCCGAGACCAAGCGCAAAGCCUUCUCCACCUGUGCUUCUCACAUCACUGUUGUCAUCAUUUACUUUGGAAAUGGAGCACUUAACUAUAACCGUCCAAGUGCUGGCUAUUCUUCAGAGAUUGACACUCUGGUCUCCAGCAUGAUCUGCAUCACCCCCAUGGUCAACCCCUUGAUCUACAGCCUCCGGAACAAGGACGUGAAAGGGGCCUUCCGGAAGGUUCUGGAAAGCCAGAGAAAGUUGAAACGUCACCAUGCUAUGAAUUAG